AUGCUGACUGAACUGACCCUCUCAGAGCUGGUGGAGUACUUCAGGGCUCAGAUGAGGAAAGAUCCGGACAUGGCUUCUGCUGUGGCCGCUAUUCGCACGCUGCUGGAGUUCCUCAAGAGAGACAAAGGUGAGACCCUCCUGGGUCUGAGGGAGAACCUGACCUGGGCCACAGACUGCCUGAAAGGGGAGGACUCCUCGGUGGCCGUCUCCUCUGGAGGAGAGCUCUUCCUCCGAUUCAUUAGCCUCACUUCUCUGGAGCACCAGGAUCUGUCUCGCUGUAAGAAGGUGAUGGAGGAGAGGGGGGAACUCUUUCUGGAGAAGAUCUCCAUGUCCAGAAACAAGGUGGCCAAGCUGUGCCACACCUUCAUCAAAGACGGCGCGAAAAUCCUGACCCACUCCUCCUCCCGGGUGGUGCUCCGCGUCCUGGAGAGAGCCGCCGCGGAGAAGAAGCGUUUCUCCGUCUACGUGACCGAGUCGCAGCCCGACGCCGCGGGACGACAGAUGGCGGACGCCCUGAGGAAACUCAACGUGCCGGUCACCGUGGUGCUGGACGCCGCUGUGGGGUCUGUUCUGGAGAAGGUGGAUCUGGUUAUUGUUGGUGCGGAGGGAGUGGUGGAGAGCGGAGGCAUCAUCAACAAGAUCGGCACCUACCAGAUGGCGCUGUGCUCCAAAGCCCACAACAAGCCCUUCUACGUUGUGGCCGAGAGCUUCAAGUUCGUGCGCCUGUACCCGCUCAACCAGCAGGACGUCCCCGACAAGUUUAAGUACAAAGCAGACACCCUGAAGUCGGCGCAGAGCCUGUCGGAGGAGCACCCCAUGAUCGACUACACCCCCCCCUCCCUCAUCACCCUCCUCUUCACAGACCUGGGAGUCCUGACCCCGUCGGCCGUCAGCGACGAGCUCAUCAAGCUUUAUUUAUAA